AUGCCGUCACUGCUCGAUGACCACACGACGAAGUAUCUCUGGCAGCAAGUCCAGAAUGUCGACUCCUACGAGAAUGCUGCCCAGAGCUUUUGGCACCACAUCUACACCAAAUCAGUUUUCGUCGACAAGCAAUAUAUCGUAGACUACGAAGUACCUCCUAUUCCCGAGGAACAAGGCAAGAGAAAGGUCGACCAGGUUGUGAAAGAGGUUAAUAGCAAUUGGGGCGUCGCUUUCGUCCUGAUCUUUCACGAGAUCAAGAGGAACGAGAUCCCUAUUGCCGAACUCGAGUACGUGGAGAAUCAGGCGUUCAAUGCUUGCGAAAGCUAUUGCCAUAAGUACAAUAUCAAGCAGGUGUACGCCCAGACAUCUGUUGGAAGCCGUGCGCGCUUCUUCAAGUGGACGCCAGGCACCUGGUCUCCUGUUGAUGGCCAGGCUCUGGGCCUCUUUACAGCAUAUAUGGAAUUUGGCGACCCCGCAGGCGAGACAUACAUACUUCGCUGGCUUCAAUACUUCAAAGACCAAGGAGUUACGACUCCACAAAUAACUUGGGAGUGGGACCCAACCCGUCAGAAGCAUUUCUACCGGACCCCCGCGAACUUUAUGUACCAGGAUGGGACGAUGGUGAAGAGGUAG